UUGUUGAUUCUUUUUUGGUUUGGUUCUCUUCCUCCAUCAGGCAUUUCGAAGUCAAGCUUUUUUUGAGUUUUCCAAGAUCUUUUAAUCUGUUACACUCUUCCCAUUGAGCGCCCAGCUGGUUUCAUUCGAGUGAACUUUUACCACAAAUCUUCCCUCUUCUACAUUUUGUGCUUUCGCCGUUAGUUAUCCAAUUUUGGGGAAUAUGCAAGACCAAAGUGGACAAGCCGACGCCGCUGGUAACAUACCCGGCGGUUUAAAUCUGUUUAAUCUUUACGAACAAACUUUGGGGAAAUUCAAGCCUUUGACUCCCUUCAAACCCAGGAAAAGGAGUCAGAAGCAGAAAGAGAAAUGGAACAAUCAGCCAAGAGUUAUUGUGUUUGGAUUACCCCAACGAUAUUCACUGACAGACUUCAGGAGAGUGUUGACGGAACAAUUAAACUUAGAUAUACUGAGAGUAAAACCUUUUCACAAAAAUCAGAACCGCCUGGAAGGUAGACUAAUGCUUAUAUUCAACAAAGACAAGGAUGCUGAAGAAGCUGCAGGUGCCCUGAAUGGAUUCCUAUGGAGAGGCAGAAAUCUUAAAGCUGUGGUUUCCAAAAAUCUUGCCGAAACCGGUGGACUUAAACGUGAAAAUGAUAACUCAGGAGAUGAAGACUCUAAAAGAGCAAAAACCGGUUUCAAAGAUCAAGCUGAGGCACUGAAGUACUCACAACUUCCCUUGUUGGAUGUGCCAUAUCAGGAACAGCUAAAAGGUAAAAAAGAAAAAGCUGUGUCAGUUCUGAAAAGUAUCCAUGAAAGUCUAGUGAAUGGCAGAACCUCUGAUGAAGCAACAAAGACAGAACUGAUGAAUCACUUGGAGGCGCAAGAGAAGAAAUUCGCCGGUGUGCCAUGUGAACUUGUUGGCCCUAUUCAAGCUCCAAGCAUGAUUGGUUAUCGGGUGAAAGUUGAAUUAAAUAUUGGUCUGGAUGAAAAUGGAAAGAAAACAGUGGGUUACUUUGUGAAGGACUACCAUAAAAGAAAUGUUGUUGCCCCUAUGACACAAGAUCUCAAGCUAAUCCCUGAUAAAAUCAAAGAGACUGCUGCGAUUUUUCAGAAAUAUGUUGAGAACUCUCAGUUGGAUGUAUAUAGUGAAGAAACUCACCAAGGUCAUUGGCGGAAACUUGCCGUUCGCAUGGGACAGGGAACGAAUCAGUUAGCAAUAACUGUGCACCUGCAGUUGCAAGCACUCUCCAAAGAAGCUUUGAACGACAUCAAGGAUGAUCUAGCUGACUUUUUUGCCCGAAGAGAAGGCAAAACAUUGAACGCAACCAGUGUUUACAUUCAGUAUUCCACAGACCACAGGCGCGUGCCUGUGCGAGCAGGAAAUUUGGAACUGGUCUGUGGAGAAGAAUUCAUGCUUGAGAAAUUUUGUGGAUUUACCUUCCAAAUUUCUGCUGAGUCCUCAUUCUUCCAAAAUAUCAAGGCUGGAGAAGUGCUUCUGAAGUGGGUGGCUGACUUUGCAAAAGUCAACAAAAACACUACUUUGAUAGAUAUUGGAUGUGGCGUUGGAACUAUUGGGCUGCUCCUUGCAAAGAACGCUGGGGAGGUAAUAGGCUUUGAUACAAAUGAGAGAGCAAUCGAUCAUGCCCAGAAAAAUUCGAUCCGAAAUGGUAUCACAAACUGUCAGUUUUUCAGAGGAUCAGCCAAAGUUCUUUUGUCUGAAUUAAUACCGAAGGCAAAAUUCAAUAAUAUCACUGCUAUUGUUGACCCACCUCGGCUUGGUCUCUAUCACCAUGUUAUGGUUCAGCUGAGAUCUACUGAAAACCUGAGCCGAAUCGUUUAUAUAACUCACUCUCCUUCUCUUGUAAUCAAUGAUUUUGUCAGCCUCUGCCAUCCACCAACACCUGCCCAUCCUGGCAGGCCAUUUGUUCCCGUAAAGUCUGUCGCAAUUGACAUGUUCCCCAACACGCCUAGUUUCUCUCUUGUCAUCGUGUUUGAUCGACUUCCAGCAGGAAAAUAAGAAGCAGCACUUAAACGUCCAGCUGAUCACAUCAAGUUUUGAUUUCACCUUGUUUUAUUUUAAGAAUAUUGUAGUCGCUGAAAUCCAAAAUUUUUCUUACCUCUACAACUCAGACAUGUAGAGAAGGGAAGGCCCUGAAAAUUUUUCAUUUUCCUAUUAUGUUAAUAAUUUGACUUUAUUUGAGGGAUUCAACUUUUAUAUGCAAUAAUCUAUGUGGUUUCUCUGUGUUGAAUUGCACAUUGAUAAAUGACAGGUGGUCUUUGCAUUUGGAUAGACCUAAUGCUCGUGCAAAAAGCAAAUUUUUACAUGAAUAUUGUGCAAAAUUUAUCUAAUUUUCCUGCUCUCUGUAAAAACCCCGAAUUUCUUUCGGUUUUCAAUGUUAAGCUGAUGUUUUCGAUCUUGCAAUGAGAAGAAUUAGGGUGCUGAAACCGUUUCAGUUUCUGAUAUCAGUACGUGAAACGUUUUAGCAAAGACUAAAUGUGCAAAUGUAGGUAAGCUUAUAUGUAAGUAAAAAAGUCAGUUUUCUAUCCUUUCUUUCUCUGUCUUACCUAAAAUUCUUUUUUGGUAGUAUAUUAUUGCUAGGUUCUAAAGAGUUUGUCAGUUUUAUCUUUUCAAGUUCAGUUUUAGAUGAUGUACAGAAUGUACUACCAUUCCUACUGCAUUCUAACUGAGAAUCAUCACUUGAGACUUUCCAUACUAAGGUUUUUUUUAUUUUGUCACAGACAUUACAUUUUGGCACUUUAAAGUGUGGUAUUUAAUUAUCUGAGGUAAAAAAGUUUUAAAAAAAUUUGCAAGAAGGGUCCCUUCCUUUCCUUCAAUGUUUCAUUAAAAUAAUUAAACCUCAAAGAGAUCUAUGUAUAUUAGAAAAUGGAGUGUUGAGGGCAUUACAAACAUAGGACCUGUAUUUGGAAUGUCCAUGGUGCUCUAUUUUUUAGUACAGAUAUUUCUGAUGUUCAAUUCUUCUAAUAUAACCUUGAGGGAAAGGACAGGACCCCUUUUAGAAGGGUUUAAGGAUUUUUUAAAAUUGUUUACCCUGAAUAAUUAGUUCUUUGUGACACUUAAAAGUUUCAAAAUGUAAUGUCCUUAAUAGCAAAAAAUGCUCAAUAGCAUCAGCUGGAAUGCCCAAAAAAAGUUUCCAUGCUGUCCAUAAUCUUGCUUAGCACUGUGUUGAUAGCAUUGGCAUUGAAGCACGGAAUGAGAGUUUUGACUGGCAACAACAAUCACCGGAGAUUUGACUCUUGACAGGUUAAAUAAUAGGUCCUUUUUGCAGCAGUAGGUCAGAACCACAGCGUGUUUGUAGAAGUCCCGUACCGAGUGCUGUCUUAAAAACAUUGCUAAUUAUUUCCAACAGCCAGUUAAAGCUUUCGCUUUCUUCUUCUCCAUUUUUACUGUGUUGCAUAUAUAGCUGCCAUGCAAGAUAAAAAAGUAGGGAAAAUUUUUACAUCAUGAUUUGUUGCGAAAUCUCAAUACUGAGAUUUUUUUCUCUCAUCUGAUCUCUCUCUACCUUGCGUAUUCUUACAAUCAUCGAAACAAAGAUUUUCGAAAACGUAAUUUUAAAAAGGAAAUCCCCAAUUUCACAAUCUACUUAUAAUUUAACAAUGAACGUUUGAAGCUUAUCCAUCAUGGCGUGGUUAAAGAAGAGCAGGUAUGGACGUAGCAUUGACUUGCAGCUGGUUGGCUCGUAGAACCCUCGUCACAGAUCCGUAAACAGAACUUGUGUUUUAACUUUCUUUCAAUGUGUUUGUGAGAGAUAGUUGAUUUUAGGUCUGUGUAAAAAUUGAGGAAUUUGUUCUUAUAGCGUUGCCUAUGAGAGUAGAGAGGCUGUAACUAAGAUUCUGUGACGUCACGCUAGUAGAUGAAACGCGGCUGUGAUUUAACAUGUGUUCUUAAGGGAGAACGCAUAACACAUGUUCCUUUUGUGCUGAUAUCUUUUCAGGGGUUGAUCUGAUGCAAAAAUUCAUAAGACCCUUUUUGAAAGAAGAUAAAAUAUCACAUCAGAAAAUUGCCAAGUUCAUAAAUUACAUUGUCUGAUAAUUGAGGAAAUAACAGCUAAACACGACUAAAUAUCUAAAAUCGUUUCCCCACUAAGAUUCAAACACGCUGCUCAUGCAACUUCGGCCGAUCGACGGUGGCUCUGAUUGGUUAACACAGCGAUUACUCUACUAGUUUGACGUCUUGAAACUGAGUAAUUACGGCCUCUCCAUUCUCGUAGGCAUUGCUUGUAGUCGUGAACAUUAGCGGUUUGCUUUCUCACAGUUUUGUCUUUUACACUUGACGGACUUACAAGUAUUUGUAAAUAAUUGAAUCUACCCCAUUGUCCGAGAGAUCACAUUAAAGGGUGAUGUCCUCACUCUCAUGAUUUUGAACAUAGUACAGCGAUACCUUGAUUGAUCACUUAUUCUGUGAGGCCCACUGACUUGCUAAUGUUUGUCUCUCAAAGAGGAAUUUGGCAGAUACUACAAGGCUAGCAAGUGGAUGGUGACAGAUAAAAAGUUCUCGGCAGGUAACUACGUUUUCGAUGCCUUAUGACAAGUUUGUUGGUACACAUUUAAUGUAUUUUUUGUCCAUAUUUCAUGUGGUUUUGUGAGUUGUGAUUUUGAGUGCGUUUUUUAUUAUUGUGUGUUAACUGUGUCCAGCUCAGGCUUCUGCCUCAAUCAAUCAGACAAUCAAGGUAUUACUGUAUCAAAAUUUAAAUUCGCGCAGCAUGAAACGUUUUCUGUCAAAUAUUUUCAGUCACGACUUUACCACACUCCCCUGUUUUUAUGAUUUGAUCUGCUACAAUUAAAUUUUUAGAAUCUUCAGUUUAGAAGUUUUUCUCGUAUCAGCCAAUGUAAUUCAUUUUUUUUUUUUCUGAUUUAUCACAAAGUUUUAAUACAAAUUGAAAGUUUAAUCUCAUGUAAAUUUAGGAAACUGAUUGAAGCUUGCAGUAAGCCUUUGCAAUGAGCGAAGAAGUUUGUGUCUUACACUCCCACCUGUUUGAGGAAAGUGUUUAUCAUAGGUGAAAGCUAACUUGACCUAUCUCAUACUCAUAGAUUAAGAUAGCCAUGUAAAUAUAAGUCAAGGAAUAAGUAUUACUCCAACUGAUGUCAAAAUUUUGAAUGUGCAGAUAUUAUAAUCUCAAAAAUUGUGAAAAUUCAAAUUAUUUAAAUCAUUUUUUGGUUCCCUUGUUGGUGAUCAAUUUCUCUUACCAUUCAAUUAAAGUGUUUUUUAAGUAAUUA